AAAAAUCUCACCCUCUAUAGUUCUAGUCUUCUAGUUUACUUUUCCUUGCACCCAAAAGCCUGCUAAUUCUCUUGUUCAACCUUCCCACAAACACUGCAUGCGUCUUUGACCACAACUGCUUCUUCAAUUUCCAAUUUUCUUGGACACCCUCUAUUGCUUUCCCCCCCUUGGUGUUGUUUGUGCUGGAAGGUAUCUCUAUUUAUAGGGAUCCAUUGUCUCUUGAGUUUCAAUCUCAGGUGUGUAUUUUGUAGAAGUUCUUAUUUUUUGGUGAGGUUUUGUUUGUGAGAGAGAAUGGUAGGUGCUCUUUCUGUUGUGGGGUCAUCAGUGAUGGAAUCACACACUGGCCCUUGUUUGUGUGUGGAUGCUCUCCCCACAACUAGUGUUAAUCUCAAGACUGGUGGAGAUGUUGUUUUGUGCAAGAAUUUGAUGGGGAGGAAGCAUUUGGUGAGGAGGGGUGGUGGGGCCAUGAAGUUGAGCAGUUCAUUCACUGAUCCUGGAAGAGAGUGGCGACUCUUUGUUGGUAGAAGUUGCAAGAAGCAGCAUAAGAGUAGGAGAAUGACUACCAUUGUCAAUGAGAUUGGAGGCCAAUAUGAGGACACUUUUGAUGAUGUGAAAACGCAAAUGCUCAACUAUUUCACAUACAAGGCUGUGAGGACUGUUCUUCAUCAGUUGUAUGAGAUGAACCCACCUAAAUAUACGUGGUUCUAUAAUUUUGUUGCAUCAAACAAACCAGCAGAUGGGAAACGUUUUAUUCGAUCCCUUUGGAAGGAGCAUCAAGAGCUUGCUGAAAGAGUGAUGGUAACUCGGCUUCACCUUUAUGGUAAAUGGGUCAAGAAAUGUAAUCAUGCUGAGAUAUAUAAAGAAAUUUCUGAUGAAAACUUGGAGUUGAUGAGGGAACGGCUCAUGGAAACAGUAAUAUGGCCCUCAGAUGACACAAACACAGAAAAGAUUGGCUGAAAAUUCAUGUCACAUUUUUAAUUUCCGUCUUCAACCUCUUCCUAGUCUAGGUAUAUUUUUUGUUUCCAAAUUGUCAUUUAUGUUAUUUUCCUUUCAUAGGAUUCUCAGUUUAACGUUAUGUAUAUUAUGUGUAUAUAUGUACCUUGUUAAAUACACAAUCCAUUAUAUAUAGCUAGUUUCAGAUGAA